GCGCUCCGGCAGCUGCGCUUUGCAGAGCGGCUCGAUCUUCCAGGACGGACGGAAGAAAAAAGCAGCAGAGAGAGAAGCGACAGAGCGGCUGAGCUGAGCGGGAGGAGGAUGUGAGGACAGCUGGAUGCGGACAGAGAGCGCGCGGCUGGACUGACCGCCUUUAGGGAGGCCUUUGCUCUGCACCUGUCCCCCUCCGUCUCCAGGCGCAGUUUUGGCCACAGCGGCGCUCCUUUAUUUAUCGGGGAGGCGCUCUGACGCACGGCUCCGCCGGAGGCGCGCGCACAGGCUCAGACAGCAGCAUGACUUCAGCCUACAGCCUGGAUUUUCUGCCCGACCUGAUGGUGGAGAGCCGCCUGCUGGUCCCCGGAGACAGAAUUAACGGCACGGCCGGGAAGAUGAACGGGGCGCUGGAGCAUUCGGAUCAGCCGGACCCGGACGCCAUCAAGAUGUUUGUGGGUCAGAUCCCGCGCUCCUGGUCGGAGAAGGAGCUGAAGGAGCUGUUUGAGCCAUACGGAGCCGUCUACCAGAUCAACAUCCUCCGAGACCGCAGCCAGAACCCUCCACAGAGCAAAGGCUGCUGUUUUGUCACGUUUUACACAAGGAAAGCUGCCCUUGAAGCCCAGAAUGCACUGCAUAACAUAAAGACCUUAACAGGGAUGCAUCACCCUAUUCAGAUGAAACCUGCAGACAGUGAGAAAUCUAAUGCUGUGGAAGACAGGAAGCUGUUCAUCGGCAUGGUUUCCAAGAAGUGCAACGAGAACGACAUCCGGGUCAUGUUCUCUGCGUUCGGACAGAUCGAGGAGUGCCGGAUCCUCCGGGGGCCCGACGGGCUCAGCAGAGGUUGUGCGUUUGUCACGUUUUCCACCAGAGCCAUGGCACAGAAUGCAAUCAAAGCCAUGCACCAGUCUCAGACCAUGGAGGGCUGCUCGUCUCCCAUCGUGGUGAAGUUCGCCGACACGCAGAAGGACAAGGAGCAGCGGCGACUGCAGCAGCAGCUGGCGCAGCAGAUGCAGCAGCUUAACAGCGCCACCACCUGGGGGAGCCUGACGGGCCUGGGCGGCCUCACCCCGCAGUAUCUGGCUCUGCUGCAGCAGGCCGCCUCCUCCGGCAACCUGGGAGCCUUCAGCGGGAUCCAGCAGAUGGCCGGUAUGAGCGCUCUGCAGUUGCAGAACCUGGCCACUUUAGCGGCAGCGGCGGCAGCAGCUCAAAACUCAGCCAGCCCCUCCACCGCAAACCCCCUGUCCUCCAGCGUCGCCUCCCUGGGAGCGUUGGCCAGCCCAGCGGCAAUCCUGCUUUGUUGGCAACGCUUUGAUGAGCUGAAGGCAGGCACAACAGCCAGCUCUAACGCCGGUGCCAUGAACUCUCUGACCUCUCUGGGUACCCUGCAGGGCCUGGCAGGCGCCACUGUGGGCCUGAACAACAUCAAUGCACUAGCAGGUAGCAUCAACAUUGCUCAAAUGCUCUCAGGUAUGGCGGCUCUAAACGGAGGCCUGGGCGGCGCAGGGCUCACCAACGGCACGGCCGGCACCAUGGACGCGCUGACGCAGGCCUACUCAGGGAUCCAGCAGUACGCCGCCGCAGCGCUGCCCACCCUCUACAGCCAGUCCCUGCUGCAGCAGCAGGGGGCCGCCGGCAGCCAGAAGGAGGGUCCUGAAGGUGCCAACCUCUUCAUCUACCACCUGCCCCAGGAGUUUGGAGACCAGGACCUCCUGCAGAUGUUCAUGCCUUUUGGAAAUGUGGUGUCGGCCAAAGUCUUCAUCGACAAACAGACAAACCUUAGCAAGUGCUUCGGCUUCGUCAGCUACGACAAUCCGGUGUCGGCUCAGGCAGCCAUUCAGGCCAUGAACGGCUUCCAGAUCGGCAUGAAGCGGCUGAAGGUGCAGCUGAAGCGUUCCAAGAACGACAGCAAACCUUACUGAUCUUAGCACUAGGUCUAUCUGCUCCCCCAGUUAGCACUGCUAGGAACAACCCAUCUCCAUGCCUGUUAGUUCAUCGUUUGCCUAGCAUGUCUUCGUGGCGUCCAAAAAAACAAACAAAACAAAAAAAACUUUAAACAAACAAAAACAAAAAAAAAAAAGUGUCACGGUCCUCUUCCUCCUACCCCGUCAUUGUUUUCUCUGAUGUCUUUUCCGAGCUCACCUGAUCAUAACCUGGUUCUCCUCCUCCUCCACCGCUGCCUACUGAUCUUUUAAGCUUUUAGCUUUUUUGGACUUUUAAAUAUAAGUAAUUGUUUUCACUUUUGUGUUUUUAUUUUAUUUUUUAUUUUUUUGCAUGUGACCUCAUUUGGAUGUGUUUUUCUGGGCGGGUUUCAGGGAGGGAGAAAAUAAACAAAUGUGAAAAAGAUAUAAAGCUGCAUACGUAUAAAAUUAAACUCAAAAGACUGAGAUUUUUAUUGAACAAAUCUUUUUUUUUUUAAGUAAAAAAAAAAGAAAACCUGUGGUAAAGUGAUUUCCAUUCAGUUUCUUUCCUUUGUUUUUCUUCUUUAUGCGAUUUUCUUCAUUUUAUGGUAAACUUGACAGGAAUUGCUGCGUCAUCUUGCUUCUGGUCGCCGGCGGAAACAGAAAAAGAAAACGGCGCCAGAAGCAGUUGGCAGCAGUUUCUCUGAGAAAUAAGACUACUUCCACACAGUUUUGAAUAAAAACUGUCUGAUCCAAUAUUAGACUCUCUCUCAGAGCUCUCUAAUGGUUUUUACAUUUUUCAGGCAGUGUAAAGUUUUUUGAUAAGGCCAUUUUAAGUGGCUCAGUUUCUCAUUCAAAGUCUAUAUAUAGAACCACUUUUUUCUAGAGUAGUUUAAAGGUAAAAAAAUAAAAAUAAAAAAGACAUUUGCCCUGUUUGGGGGGGAGAAAUGCUACCUACUCGUGUCACCUUUUGCUGAACUGACUCACAGAUAGACAAUCCGUGGUUUUAAAUGCACAUGAUGAAAUUACCUAUAUUUUCUACUGUUUAAAUGUAUAGAGGAAAAAAAAAAAAAA